UGUCGCCCCAAUCACGCCGCUCGUCACCACCCGUUACAACCGAGACACACACGCGCUCCUCGCACACACGCCGCCAUCCUUGCGUGCAAGACACACUUGGUGCGUUAGCCUGCUAGCUAACGAGCUAACGAGCUAACGAACGUCUUGACCAAGCGGCGUCGCGUCGGUUUCACCCGGGUUUCCCCCCCCCUUUUUCCUCGUGAUGUUCACGGGUCUCCACCGUUGAGGUACCGGGAUUAUCUGCUUCUGCUCCCCCCGCUCCUCGGCUGACCGGGAGCCGCCAUGGAGUGCCGCGUGCUGUCCAUACAGAGCCAUGUAGUCCGGGGAUAUGUGGGCAACAAGAGCGCCUCGUUCCCGUUACAGGUUUUAGGGUUCGAGGUGGACUCCAUUAACUCUGUCCAGUUCUCCAACCACACAGGUUAUUCUCAUUGGAAAGGUCAGGUGUUGACGGCAGAUGAGCUUCAUGUUCUUUAUGAGGGAAUCAAGCUGAACAACGUGCACCACUAUGACUACGUUUUAACAGGGUACACCAGAGACACAUCCUUCUUGGAGAUGGUGGUGGACAUUGUUCAGGAGUUAAAGCGAGCCAACCCCAACCUGGUGUACGUAUGUGACCCCGUCCUCGGUGACCACGGAUCUAUGUAUGUUCCCCAGAAUCUGUAUCCGGUCUAUAAGAACAAGGUGGUUCCUGUCGCCGACAUUAUUACCCCCAACCAGUUUGAGGCAGAAUUACUGACGGGGAAAAACAUCAGCACAGAGAAAGAUGCUGUGGAGGUCAUGGACCUUCUUCAUGCUAUGGGCCCGGACACGGUGGUCAUCACCUCGUCUGAUCUGCCCUCCAGGUUGGGAGACCGCUUCCUGGUGUCGCUGGGCAGCCAGCGUAAGGUUCGUCCAGACGGCAGCAAGACAACACAGAGAGUUCGAAUAGAAGUUCCCAAAGUGGACGCCGUUUUCGUAGGAACCGGAGAUUUGUUUGCGGCAAUGCUGCUAGCGUGGACACACCACUACCCUAAUGACCUCAAGAUGGCCUGUGAGAAGACGUUUUCAGUGAUGCACCAUGUUAUCCAGAGGACCAUAUCUUAUGCUCACGAGCUAGCCGGUCCUGGUCGGAAGCCCAGUCCGCCCCAGCUGGAGCUGAGGAUGGUUCAGAGUAAAGCUGACAUAGAAGACCCUGCUAUAGUGACUGAGGCCAAGGUCAUAUCCUAACAUUACCCGCCCAUAAGACUCAUACUAACCUUGUGCUCUUCACCCAUGAAUCUCUCAAAUCCUAUAUCUCGGUAAAUCUCUCAUCACUGUAAAACCUUGACUGUCGUCUUCCCAACUUCAACACGUCAUCAUCCAGACUCCUGAAACCCCUUAGUAUUGUAACCCCUUUAGUCCUUUCCCCUUAAAACCUUUACCCCUUGAACUCCUCGGUGUCCGAACCCCUUAAACCCGUAGCUCCGACGACCCCGAACCCAAACCCUGUUUUUAGAACCGGAGCCAUGGAUAGACAGAAGGUUUGGUCAGGUUGGGCCGUGAUGGCGUCUUCUUGAAACAGGGUAUGUGAGUGGAAUGCACAGCUGCUGCUUUAUGGUAAGCUUUAGGCUUUAAGUGUCGUUUCCUGCUCCAGGAUAUCACUUAAUUCUAUUUACAUGUUCUAUAGCAACGGUUAAUAAAAAAAGUAUGAAUCUUUAGAGAUAAUUAGCUAUGAGAAAAGUCCAGUGUAGAUAUCGAUAAGGGAGGUUUCUUAUAGCAAAGGUUGAGAAGUUGUUUGUAGUUAAUGAAAGUUAAGUAAAAUAAAAUAAGAAUUAAGUGUAAAGUAUUUCUCCCACCGUCAAUUUAAAAUUAAAACAUCAGCACUUAUUGUGAUACCAGUUGAGACAGGGUUUCCUCUGGGCUUUAAAAAUCAGUUAUCUGGAUUUAAAGCAUUUAAAAACAUGUUUAAAUAUAACACACUAGGUUUUAAAUGCGUUCAGGUAAGUCUAAUUUAGUUAUUUUUAAAAUUAAAUAUGUUGGCAGCAUGCAUAAUUGUGACGUCUCCGUGUGUUGUGAUUCUGGGACUCUGACAUUCCUUCAUAUCUGUCGUACUUGAAAUAUGUCUUGUAACUUUAAUUUAAACCCUAGAAAUAUAACACACACGGUUUUAUUAUGUCUUUGUUUUUUUUUUUAUAUUUCCAAUGAGGUUCUGACAUAGUGGAAAUAAUGUGAAGUUGCUUUUGGAGACAAAAAAAACAACUCAAAUUGAUCCACAACAGAAAGUGAAUUGAUUCCAGCUCCUGAAUAUUUCAGGAUGUAAAAACACUGCCUCUAGAUUCCUGUUACUUCAUGGCUCUGUUACUGCCUCUCCACUCACACACUCGUUGUGUUACUGACGGUGUUGCUCCCCAGCGACGCUCCUCCACACCAGUUGCUAAGUUUGCACUGGUUCUACUGUUACAUGACCAGACUCUGUUCGUCUAUGGCUCCGCCCCACCACUGUCCCCGCCCCCUCCCCGUCUUACAGCAGUGAUGUAAUGUGACCAAGUCUAACCCCCGACCCCUUGACAAUAAUAACAAAGGAAAAAAAAACGCACAAUGUAUAGUUGAUGUAUAGAUGUUGUACCAUAACUGUAUUGGACCAUCUGUAUGAUAUCUUCUAUCUGAUCUGUGUAUUGGACCAUAGUGUUGAUGCUACUGUACUAUAGACCACACCCACUACAAUAUCACCCCAACCAGGGACGACGGGGGGGUUCUGGCACCCGAGCGGCUCCUGUGGCUCCAGAUGUUCUCACUUGUUAGUAAUAAGUAACUGUCUGAUUAUCAUAGUAAAUAGUUGAACCUCUCUCAUCUCAACAAAAAGAAAAAUGGUCUACCUGGAGCCUCUCAGAGCCGCCGCUCCCCCCCGGCUGAUUUCUAUCUGCAGUGCAUUGUUAGACUGAUCAGAAAUCUGCCGCCUCGGUGCCAGAACCAACCCACAUCACGCCGGGCGGUUCCCGGCUCAGCUCUGGCCCAGAACCCUAUAUCUGAGAGUUGUGCCACUGAAAUGACUGGAGGCCUCGAGACGUAGUAGAAGGAGACUUCCCCCACGUCCAGUAGCAGCUCCGCUAACUUUUGUCGUGGACACUUUAAUUUACUUUUGCUUCACUUCACACUCCACUGUGAACAGAAUCGAUGAUGGUUUCAGUUUUUAAUUAAAUAUAUAAGACUAAAGAUCCAAUGUAACAUCUGGGCAAACUCGGGCCUUUUUGAAAUGACUGUGAGAAAAAUAUUGAACUUGUUUUAUCUUCUUCAGCUGAUUAUUAUUCUCUAUUUCGUUUAAUUAAAGCACAAUUUGUCUAUAAAUUAUAUAUUUUUAAAUUAAAACAUCACUAUUUAGGUAACUAACUGAUCAAAUGUUUUUCCCAACAAAGAAUAAUUUAUUUUGAAUUAUUAAAGCAAAUGUUUGUGAUCUAACUUUCCCAGUAACAUCAGAAAAUGUUUGAAUACUGUGAUUAAAGUUUUGAUUUCAGAAAGUCAAACUUUGCACAGUGUUCUCCGCUCACUGACCCAGAAGCAAACUAAUCUCUAAAUGACUUGAAACAGUUGUGACGUCUUCCCCUGUUGAUUUGACUGAGCUUUAUAAUGAUGCUGGUCCCGAUGAUCUUACGGUUGAAUUAGUAAUCAUCUCUAAAUGACCAUCAUCUUCUGUUUCCCACUGUGGAGUGUGACUGGGAGAGAUGUGACGAGAACAUGACUUGCGACGGUGGUAAUGAGCCGGUUUCAAACCAACGACGUUGCAAGAACUUGGCAUGUGCCUUAGCCCGCUGAGCUACCAGGGCACCACAGCAAAUGAGAUUUUAAUGAAAUUUUAACUCAGAAUCUUUAUUUCUUCUCUGAUUUCCUCCCUCGUUGUUUCCUGAUUUGAAUGUUCGCUAAACUUUUAACGACAGGAAACCAACAACAAUAAUUCCGGGCUGACUCUGCUCAGCAGUAACACGCGCGUGGAAACCAAAUAACUGGAGGCUUAAAAAGAAAAAUAUAAAAAAUUCCAGAUGCCGUCAGUGUCUCACCUGAGCUUGAUGUAAGGUUCUGGGCAGGCCAGUGUAAUUCUGUACUGCUGUUGUUUCUCUAUGGACUGUACUGUGAUACUGCCUUAGGAACCGAACAUCAUAACAUCACAAUACUGCUCACUGAGGGAGAGAGGGGGGAGGGGGGAGGGAGGAAGGAAGGAAGGAAGGAAACGUGAGAUGUCUUCAAUGUACAUGUCCUUUUGAUUGACAGCACAUUACUGUCCUGCAGAGCGAGAAACGAGACGACACAUAUACUCAGAUCUUCUGUUCGAAUCUAUAGUAAUGAUGUUCUUUCAUUCUCAAUUAAGAGGAUUUGAUUAUUUAUUCAAUUAACAAACCAAAACAACAAUUCAAAUCCCAAAGAAAUUCAAUUUGUAACUAGAACUAGGUGUAACUAGGUUCUUAUUUGAGCUCAUUUCCCGCCAGAAACCAAAUUUGAAUUCUCUAGAUCCAGAAGUUUUCCUAAAGAUCUCUGAAUUAUUCUCUGAGAAAUCAAAAUUUAAUGAGUCUUUCCUUGACUCGUGUCCCAACCUCACACAGAAUAUCAUUACGUCCUCAGCAGAAGUUAUUAUAUAAAACCGAAGCAGGAAAUUUCCACAGUUUUUCUUGAUAAAUUAAAAGAUAGGGUUAUAUUAUUAAUUUUCUGGAAACCUUCUGGAGUAUAAAGAAGCGAGUAAAAGAAAAAUGCAGUCUCAUUCUUGAAAUUGUCCAUAUUGAUUUUCGUACUCGUACAGUUCUAUUGUGCCACUGUAGCCCUGAUGGUCAUAUCAGUAAUUCUCGGCCAAUCAGCUUUCAGCUCUGCUAUAAUCGACAUGUGCACUAUCCAAUCCUCUGCUUCCUGCUAACAAACCAGUCAGCUGUACUAUCGGGUCAAAGUGUGUCUACCUGUCGUGUCCGUACGAGAGUGUGUGUGUGUGUGUGUGUGUGUGUGUGUGUGUGUGUGUAAGUGUGUGCGUGUUUAUAGAUAAAUAUAUAUAUAUAUAGAUGUCUUAUGGUCACAGGGUUUUUUUGUGUGUGUAUGUGUGCGCAUCUGAAAUGAAAGAGGAGGGUUUUAAAAAAUGAAAAGAAACUUAAAAAAAAACGAUAGUGUAGAAGAGGAGGUGGGGUUUGUUCAGGAGGACAAUCGUUGUGUGAUGAUACAAAGUGUUGCAUCACUUCUCUCCUCUCUGAUAAACCAGUAGAGGACUGUCACUGCCCGGGACUGGUUGAAAGUGGGACGUUUCUUGACGCCUCAUGUCUCCUUGUCCUCUUCCUCCCCCUUCCACCUGUCAGAACAUCUGCCCACCGCUGCACCUGCCUCCCCCGCAGCGCUAGUUGUUGUGUUGCUAGUUUUAUCCUCGCAGUGUGUGUGUGUGUGUUGUGUGUUACACCCCAUCUCUCUGCUCCAUCUGUUCCCGAGCUGGUCACAACAACCUGCCGAAUCUCUCUGCUUCCAUGAACUCUUCCUCCAUCCUCCCUGCUGCUCUCCUCUUCACUGUUCAUCUGUUCAACAUCUGGAUUGAGUUGCACCAGCUCUCUUGUAAAGACUUGACUAAAUUCUGAGUGGUAACUAGUUAUUUCUUCCACAUGCUCGCGAAUAAAUUGUGUUGCUGCUAAAAUAUGAAGCUUCUGACCUGAGCAGGGGGCAUUGAGCAGCCUGAGUUUGUGAGCUGCUGGUUAACUGUUACUUUCAGCCUCUUAAACCUGCUAAAUUAAAGGGAGGAGCUGAGAGCUGCAGAGGUGGGAUGGUAAUUCUCAGUGGGAUGAGCAGUUCUGAUAAAAACACUGGUCUAACUUAUUCUUUGAUAAGAAUAUUGGUGAUUUAAGCCUUAAGAUUUGUGUUAUUUGGCUAAACUGUGUAAUCAAUGUUGAAAAUGUAACUCUCCAGCUUCAAGGCUCUACUUAAGUUUAGUUUAAUGUUUUUUAUCCUUUGCCAUCAGGCCCCACGUUGCAGUUUGUAAUUUACGUGGUUACAAGUGAUGCAGACUUCCCAUGUGGCUUUGCUUUGACACUCACCGCUAUUCACGCUCCUGCCCCCCCCCCCCUCCUAUUCUCCCUCCUCUUUUCAGCUGUUCUUUUAGACCCUCCCUUCAUCUGACAUCCACGCUUAAUGAUAAAACGUCUGCCACUAAAAAAACUGCAGCCGCCCGACUGCCCGUCUCCGACCGUGAUCCUCCCCUCUCUUCCCGAUCGACGCUCCCAUCUCCGCCAUCUUGUUUUUAUGUUCUUGGUGGCCAAAACAAAAACAAAAACAAAACGAGGAAAUGUACUAAUCAUUGUUUGGUAACUGUUUCUAGUGCUAUGUUUUUGGAGCGUUACGAGUAUUUUCUAACAUGUUACAAUAAAAGAUUGUAGUGUACAAAUUCACGUUUAUAAAAUAUAUAUAUAGAUAUAUAUGAGAAAUGUAUGUUCUAAUGCAAUAAAGAGAGAUUAAGAACUA